GUCCAAAUGGUGAUGUCAACAAAUGCCAAAUCAGUGAUUGGCUUUGGUGAAGAUAAUAACGACGUCUUACACGAAGAAAAUCGAGAAAAAUCAGGAAAUUGCUUUGAUCAAGACAAAUGUGACCCUAAUGCAAACGUCAAGGAUGAUUCGAAAUUGGAAAAGGAAGAACUUGAACUUCAGCUAAGGGCUGAUGAACAAGAGAAUGCAAGAAUUUUAAAAUACAAAAUAGGAAAAACAGCAUUUUUAAUUGUGUGUUGGAUAAUUAAUGGUUUACUUUUGGCUAUACGUUUCCCUACACUACCAGACCUAAGGGAAAGGGUUGACGUGCCAUAUGAUGAGUUCUCCCCUGCAUUGACAAGUAGACAUAUUGGAUGGAUCAUAGGGUGUUUAAUAGGAGGGUUCUGUUUCGAUCGUUUCCAAAAGGGAUGGGAUCUCCAACUUGCGAUAGGAUUUCUAGUACAAGCAGUUGCGGUAGGUGUGAAGCCACUCUCUAGGACAGUCUUCACUAUGGCAUUGUGUUUCUUCGGAGAAGGAUUGGCUCAUGGAAUCCAUGGAUUGGUUGGCAACGCCAUGUGUUUAGCUCUAUGGGGACACAAAGCACCUCCUCUUAUUCUGGCCAUGAGUUUCGGAUUCAGAGGAGGACAGUUUCUGGCCCCAAUCCUUGCAUAUCCUUUCCUUGGACUCAGGAAUGCUACAACGGCAACAAUUGGUGAUAUCAAUGCAACGAACGGUAAUUACUCAACAAGCGUUCGACAGUUCAGCUCUGACAUCGAAAUCCCUCAUCUUAUCGUCGGCGUCGUUGGAGCUGUUUGUGCUAUUGGAUUUCUUAUCUUCUUUAUUUGUCCGAAGCCGGAAAAACUUGUCUUGUCAAACCGUCCAAAGAGUAGUAAGCCUUUGGAGUUCUUAUCUCCGGCCUCAUGUACCGGGGGAAGUAUGGGCGCCGGUAUAUUAUUCACGUUCACAUUCUUUCUCUAUUACGUACUGAUGCUCGUCACGGGGACUUCCUUUGCGACCUAUCAAGCCCCCGUAACUCAAGACACUCUUGGGUUAACCAAACCAGAUUCUGCAUUGAUGAGUACGUUACAAAAGGGAUGUGGUUUAGCCAGUAUGCUUAUCUUCACACCAAUUACAAGAUGCGCACCUAUAGUUGCUCUCGUUUAUAUCGUCCAUCAUGGUGUUCUUGCCAUUAACAUCUACGCUCUUAUUUACGGCAUCGAGAGCGUUCAGGCAUUUGCCGUUUCGAGCUGCGUAUACGAUGUAUUCUCCGCGCCCUAUUUUGGAAUUGGCCUCUCUUGGGCACAGCUGUACAUGAACACUACUGGAGCAGCUAUCAUGUGCUUUAACAUUGGAGUGGGUGUCGGUGGAAUAUUAUCCGAGACGAUCGGGGGAUCGUUGCUGACCAAUACAGGGGCAAAGGGUCUUCUCUGGAUGAACCUCAUUUGCUCUAUAGUGUUCUGUGUACUUGUAUAUACAACCACCGUUAUCAUGAAGUGCUACGGUACAAAGGAGGAAAGACUGAGGAAAGCAGAAGAAAAAUUCAAAUCUGAAGAUUCUCGAACAUAGAUAAUCAACAGUUAUAUUUCUCAACUAUGUACCAUGGUAUUUCAGUCAUAGAUCUAAAGUUAUGUAUUACUUGUAAAUAGGAACAGAAUAGAUCGAAUAACUUGUAAAUAGAAACAAUAUAAACUUGUAUUAUGUAUUGGAAGCAUUACCUACAAUAAAAAGCUGUACAAAAAAAAAAGUCAGUUGGAUAUGGUGAUAAAAAUAUGCAUCCUCUUUCUCAGAUCAGUCUUAAAAAGAAGUAGGCCCUAUCCAACCAUAAUUCUUUGGUCAGUCUUUCAAACAGUAUGUUAGAUGUACAGAGUGUGCCAAAAAACGUACACCCU